AGUCACCGGGUUGAUUCGCGCCUUGCGAGUACAAUUGGUUUGCAUCGAUCUUUGCAUACUACUGAAAUUUUUUAUUUUUCUUUUUUUUUUUUUUCCAAAUAAUCAUUGGGCUUCGAGCCAAUAAUCACAAUUCUUCGUGUACAUGAUUGACGUGCUAAAAAUUUAUUUUUAAAUAAAUAAAAAAAAUUUACUACCUAAAAAACUGCAGAGAUUAAAAAAAAAAAAAUAAAAAAAUAAAAAUAUAGUGAGUUUUAUUUUAUUAUAAAAAAUAAAAUAAAUAUAUAUGUUAAAGCGUUGAAUUUGUGUUAUAUAUAAAAAAUAUAAUAAAUGAAAUUUUAGAUAAGGAAAUAAAAAUGAGGUAUUACUUAUAUCAUAUGGGUGUUAUUUGAAUUAAUAUAAUACAUAUAUAUUACUUAUUCAGUGUUUACCAAAUGUCAAAUUCGAUCUCAAUUUUUAUUCUGCCCCUAUAUAACAAAAUUGUAUAUGCUCAUGAAUGAACAUCCAGAUGAUGAUGGUCUUCUGUUAUUGACCAUAAAGCAAGUUUUACCCUCAAAUUGAUAUGUGAUUCUAAGAAGACACUUGCAACCCCCAUAGAUUGUCAGAUUGCCAGAAUGGAUUAUGGCACACCAGUCAAGUACUGGACAUAAUCAACACCACUCAUCAAGAAUAAUACAAAAUUGCUAGUUCAUAUCUGUCUCAUGACACGUGCUGAGUAAUUACAAAGAUUCUAAUCUUAAUUCAUAUCAUACAUUGGUUAUAAAUUUAAUAUUAUAUAAAUUUUAUUAGAAAUUAUUAAAAGUUCAAAAAAGCUGCAAUAAUAAAAUUUUUUAUUAUUACAAUUACUUUUUGUAUAAUCAUAUGCAAGUCACGUGAAGUGUUUUGCAAUCAAGUUAUUGUGUAUAGCUUUAUCAGCUUUUGUUUGUUUGUAACUGUAUAAUAUUGUCCAAACAAAUAUAUACAUAAAUAUAUAUAUAUAUGUGUACUCAUCAAGACCCAACUCAAACUCUCAAAAUCUAUGUUGUGUCCCGUUAGCUGUACUUGCUCGCCAAUAUCUACGAGUUUGAUUAGGUUACAUAAUUAAUUAUCUAUGCCACAGUGUACCGCGUGGUGGUCGACAAACAUUGCAUAAUUAAGUUGCACAUAUACCAGAUGGCAGUAAAACACGCUUUGUGUACAAUUGAAAACCUUAUAUAACCUUACCAGCAGUUUACCAAAUUCCAUUGCUUGACUUAUUAGUAUUUGUGUCAAGUGUGUGUGUGCGUUAAUACAGGUGUGUGUUUAUAUUUGGUGUGGAUUAAUUAGAGAAAAACAUUUAUCAUAUUCAUCAAAAGGAUUAUCCUUCAGUUUAACAGUGAUUUUAGAUCAAAGAAAUGACAUCAGCUAUGCUUGUAAAAAAUAACCAACUGAAAUUAACGACGAAAAUGUUCAAGUGAAACAGUGAAGUGAAAAAGUUAAAUUCUAAAAAGUGAAAAAAAAAAAAAAGUAGAAGAAGACGAAGAAAAUUAAACACCAUUUAACAAGAAGACAGGUAUUACGAUAUCCGUUGGCGUCGCAAAAGUGGCUGACAACGUGCAGCAAUCGAGAAAUUAUGAUGCCAACGUAUAUCAAGCGAAUGGAUACCAAAAAGGGCUGGACGUCAUGGAUUUCGUGGCUUUGUUUGCUUUUUGUAUUGGUCGUUGGAACAUUGGCAGCUGGAACCCUAGAAAAACUUCAUGAAGAGCACGUUCGUGAAUUCAGCUGUGGGAUGUUAUAUUACAGGACACUUUAUCUGGAUAGCAAAAGAGAUACACUCUAUGUUGGAGCCAUGGAUAAGGUCUUCAGGCUGAAUCUGAGUAACAUCAGCCACACUAGUUGCGAGAGAGAUGCUCUAAAUCUUGAACCAAGUAACGUCGCAAACUGUGUAUCUAAGGGAAAAUCUGAGCAUUUUGAUUGUCGCAAUCAUGUCAGAGUUAUUCAACCAAUGGAAGAAGGCAAUCGACUAUACAUAUGCGGAACAAAUGCUCACUCACCAAAAGAUUGGGUGAUUUAUAGCAAUUUAACGCAUCUACCAAGACAUGAAUUUGUGCCUGGUGUUGGUAUGGGUAUUGCCAAGUGUCCCUAUGAUCCCGCUGACAAUUCAACAGCAGUUUGGGUCGAAAAAGGAAAUCCUGGCGAUUUGCCCGCACUUUAUUCCGGUACUAAUGCUGAAUUUACCAAAGCAGACACAGUUAUAUUUCGCACGGAUCUCUACAAUAUGACAAUUGGUCGUAAAGCAUACAGCUUCAAACGAACCCUCAAAUACGACUCAAAGUGGCUUGACAAACCAAACUUUGUUGGAUCAUUUGAUAUUGGACAGCACGUAUUUUUUUUCUUUCGAGAAACUGCGGUUGAAUAUAUAAAUUGUGGUAAAAGUGUUUAUUCAAGAGUUGCAAGAGUUUGUAAACGAGAUACAGGAGGAAAAAAUAUUUUAUCACAAAAUUGGGCAACUUAUUUAAAAGCAAGACUUAAUUGCUCAAUACCUGGAGAAUUUCCUUUCUAUUUCAAUGAAAUACAGAGCAUCUACAAAGUACCCGGUGAUGAUAGUCAUUUUUAUGGUACAUUUACUACAUCAACAAAUGGUCUAAUGGGUUCAGCAAUUUGUUCUUUUCACAUUGAUGCCAUACAAGAAGCAUUCCGUGGUAAAUUCAAGGAACAAGCAACGAGUAGUAGUGCCUGGUUACCAGUACUUUCAAAUAAAGUACCAGAACCAAGACCUGGACAAUGUGUUAAUGAUACAGAAACACUUCCUGAUACUGUACUUAAUUUUAUCAGAUCACAUCCACUUAUGGACUCGGCAAUAUCACAUGAAAAUGAAAAACCAGUAUUUUUUAAACGUGACAUUAUGCUGACAAGAUUGGUUGUUGAUAAAUUGAAAAUUGAUUUUGUUGGACUGGAUCUCGAGUACAUUGUCUACUAUGCUGGUUCAAGUGACGGUAGAGUACACAAGGUUGUUCAAUGGAUUGACAACAAUGGAGAGUCACAAUCGAUACUACUGGAUGUAUUUGACGUGACCCCUGGUGAGCCAAUUCAAGCGAUGGAAAUAUCCAAGGAGCAUAAAGCACUUUAUGUCGCUUCGGACCAUCGUAUAAAGCAAAUCGAUUUGGUCAUGUGCUCGAGGCGAUAUGAUAACUGUCUACGUUGUGUUCAUGAUCCAUACUGUGGGUGGGAUAAAGAUACAAAUACCUGCAAACCCUACGCACCUGGGUUGCUUCAAGAUGUUUCAAAUAGUACAGCAGACGUUUGUGAUAGUAGUGUUGGUAAACGGAAACUCGUUGUGACAUGGGGACAAUCUGUCCAUCUUGGUUGUUUUGUAAAAAUGCCUGAAGUACUUGAAAAUCAAGAGGUCAAGUGGUAUCAUUACAGUAAAGAAAAGGGAAGAUAUCAAAUUGCAUACAAGUAUGGAGCUGGAGGUGAUAAAUUUAUUGAGACAUCAGAAAAAGGUCUUGUUAUUGUUGGUGUAAAUGAACAAGAUGCCGGAAGGUAUGAUUGUUGGCUUGGUGGUGCUUUACUGUGUUCCUACAAUAUAACUGUUGAUGCACAUAGAUGUAGUGCACCAGCAAAAUCAAAUGAUUAUCAGAAAAUAUAUUCUGACUGGUGUCAUGAAUUUGAAAAAUACAAAUCAGCAAUGAAGAGCUGGGAAAGAAAGCAAGCGCAAUGCGCGUCGAGGCAAAACGAUAGCAAUCAAAAUGUUCACACAAACGAGGUAUACGGUACUCCUUUAGUGUGAUCAAGCCGGUCACUAGACCCUUCAUUGAACAGAGAUUACGACACGAUGAUCCGCAUAAGCAUACAACCAAGUAACGAUGCAUCCGACCAUUUUCAACCUCGGUAUUACAUAACAUUGAUGCUUCUGAUGGUCAACUACCUCGUUGGCAUGUGUUCAACUAUCGGGGAUUUUCGUCCAUCGUGUUAACUGAAUCACGUUAAAAUAAAAAAAAAGUACACAGAAUACAACGCAAUGAAACAACAAAAACAAAAAAAAAAAUAAAACAAAAAGUAUACAAGUGCUAUUGGACAAAAAAAAAUUUAUCAUAAUCAUAAUUAAAUAAAUAUAUAAAUCAAAGUGCAACAGUGUGACUGUAAAAAAAAUAAAAUAAUAUUGAUUGUGCGACGGGACUGUUGAAAAAACAUGGUGAAAAUUGCACUUGUGUUGUUUUUUUUUUUAUUUUUUUUUGUUUUUUUUGUGAAUUAGCAAAUAACAAAAGCAAAAAAAAAAAAAAAAAGUUUCAUUCUGGAGGACCAAGCGACUCGAAGGAGCCGCCAUCAGCCGAAGAUGCCGUUACGCCUUUGCAAGCAAUGUGAGAUAUGUCAACAAAAAAUUAAUAAAAAAAAAGAAAAAUCUCUGUUUUCUCAGACCUGUGAUAAUGGAUGGGUAGCCGAGGCGGCUCGAAAGUUUUAUCAAAAAAUAACUCGAGUCAACUCAUUGAAAAGCAGAAAACAAUCAUGUAACGUGUAUUUUUAUCAUUUAAAAUUUUUUUAUUAUUUUAAUUUUUUCUGUUAUUAAUAAAAAAUAAAUAAGUAAUUUAAAUAAAAAAUUAAAAAAAUUUAAAUACGUUCAUUGUAGAAUUUAAAAUUGAAAAAUGACGGGAGAAAUAAAAAUUAAUUAAUCAAAUAAAAUUAAAAUAAUAACAGAAUUAUCAUAGCAAGGCAAUGAGAAUCGAGCGCGUUAUCAUAACACGUUUUAAAGUUACAUUAUGAGAUUAUUAAAUUUAAUAACUUAAUUGUUAAGACACCUUACAUGAAUGACUCGAUGAGUUUUACAUAUUUAUCUAAUUUUUAAAUUUUUAAUAUUGAUAAAAUAUAAAUUUCAUUUAUCAGCUGAAUGUGGUCUACUUUAAUCCUCAAAAAACAGGCAAGAAAAUAAAUUUAAAUUAAACUCAUGGCCUAACAUUGAAUUUGAUAAAAACUAAAAAAUUAAAAAUUAAAGUUAAUGAAACUGAAAUUUAAACUUUUACUAGUAUAAUUUUCGAGAAUGUCGUAGCUGUGUUAAAUGAGAGCCAAUUCUACAAUAUAAUGUCGUGAGAGUCCAUGUGAAUUUCACUUCACCGAGGUGCUUAAUAAAUAUAAAUACAAACAAACUCAAUGACUAAGUACGUAAACUUACAAACCAGCCAACAAACAACAAACUCGCGUAGUCUCAAAACCAUUUUCACAAUAUCCAUCACUCACUCAUUCAUUCAUUCAUUCUGUUAUUUUAAACUUGUCCAAUUCAACUCUCAUUUUGUCUUUCUCUAUUUUUCUUAUUACUAAUUCUGUACCAUUUGCUCUAUCUAAACUUCCUCUGAUGUCUCAUCUCAUUAAACAAAUUCUUUUAUUUUUUUCUUAUUUUAUAUCAGUCUGUUGAAAUAGUUUUUAAAGUACCACAAAACACGCUCAUUCUCAUGAGCAUCACGUCCUCGCUAUCAUUAUAAAAUGUACAUAUAUUGAUUCAGAAUUAACUUGUAAACUUUAGCGUAAAUUUUAAUAUUAAAAGAAUCAUAGAAAUUAUAAUUAUAGUAUUUAAUUAUUUUUAUUGAAUUCAUAGCCUGCUUUUUUUUUCUGUUCUUAUAAAAUGGAUACAGAAAAAAUUGUAUUUAUAGUCAGGUACAAAAUGGAUAAAUAAAAAACUAUAACAAUAAUAAAUAAAUGAAAAAUAAAAAAAAAUAAUUGAAUUGAUAAAUUAUAUGAAGAAAAAAAUCUCCAAGAAGUAUUUUCUUUUUUUUUUUUUUUUUCUAUAGCAAUUAUUUUCUUUAUUUCAUCAAACUUGGAAUAUUAUUUUUAAUAAUUAUCAUUUUACUAUAUUAAAAUCAAAGUUAUACUUUUUGGAGAUAAUCCCAGUGUAAAAAAGAAAAAAAAAAUGAUGGACCUUUGAAAUAUAUUAUUAUUUUUUAUUUUAAAAAUCAUUUUUGUAUUUGUAUUUUAAAAAUUAAGAAAUAGUUUUAAGGAAAAAAAAAAAAACGUGAUAGUAAUACUUGCCGUCGGUUUGUAAAUAAAAAAUAAUAAAAAGAAAAAAAAAAAACAAGGAAAUAUCGUACGCAUUUCACGUCCAACAUUUUUUAUUCUCAUUGUCUAUUAAUAUUUAUAUUUUAAUUCAUUUGUCUUGUAAUAUAAAUAUUUAUUAUUAUUAUUUUUAUUAUAUUUUUCAUUUAUUUCCAUUUGUUUUUGUAUCGACGUUCGCGAGAUGUUACAGAUCGUUUUACAGAUUCUCG